AUGGCUGAGCUGACGAUGGGCAUAGAGGAGCUGGGGGAGGAGGAGGCCGCCGACCUGGAGGCCAUACGCCGCAGGAAGAAGGAGGUCGUGGCGGCACACCGCAUACGCAAGGCCGCGGCAGGCAACCGCUCCGUCGUGCCGGCAAAGCAUUCGAAGCAGGGGGAGCGGACGACGGCGCGGAUGCGCGAGAGCCUGGGGGCGCUGGGCAUCGACACGGGGGCGGCGGAGGCGCGGGCGCGGUCGGAGAGCCGCGGGCGGAAGCGGACGCGGUCGCUGUCGGCGGCGGCGGAGCGGCGCGGCGGCGGCGGCGGCGACGCGGACAUGGCGGACGCGGACGGCGGCGACGACGCGCAGCCGCGGAAGCGGAUCCACAGCAGCAAGAGCCGCAGCAUGAGCCGCGGGCGCGCGCUGUCGGUGGCGGCGCCUUCGCCGUCGAGCGGGCUGAAGGACGCGGCGCAGCGCAACAAGGCGACCAAGAUGGGGGACCGCGCGCAGCGGCUGCGCAACAAGGCGGCGCGCAUCGGGGAGGCGGACCGCGUGAUCACCACUAAGAUGCCGAAGCACCUUUUCAGCGGGAAGACAGGCCGCGGGAAGCGGGACAGGCGGUAG